UCCAGCCCUAUGGAUGUAUUGCUAAGCUCAUCAAGCCUAAAAAGUUCUACACAAUUUCUUUCUCAUCAAAACCUUAACAGUAAACAUUUCCAUAAAAAAUGGCCUCAAGGGUUUUCUUGCAGAGCCACCAGCAAGAAGAAGCAGAAGGAAGAAGAAGCUAGAGAAAAGGAGUCCUUGUACCAGGUACUGUCAUUGAAUCCCCAAGAGGCAAGCCCAAAAGAGAUAAAGAAAGCUUACAGGAAGAUGGCCCUGAGAUAUCACCCAGAUGUGUGUCAAAACCCUUCAAUGAGUAGAGACGAAUCAACAAGGAUGUUUUUGCAAGUUCAUGAAGCUUACAGGACUCUGUCAGAUCCUGUGUUACGUGAAGAAUAUGAUCUGGGAUUAUGUCUGGGGAUGACAAGAAAUCUUGGGGAAGGAACUUGCAGGUGGAGAGAGCAACUUGUUGAAUUGAAGAGAAGGUCAAAUCUUCAUGUGGCUCAGAAGGAGGGUUCAUGGGCUAGUAGGAUUAGAACUCAGAACACACAGACGGAUGAUUAAGUUUGGCCUCUUCUUUCCUUUCUUUAAUUUUUUUUUUCUCCUAAAUUCUUUUCUACAUUAAUUGAAUUUCAUAACCAUUUGUUUGUUCAUUAAUUAAUUUUCAAUUUGGUGUAAGUUUUUUUGAAGGGAAGAGAUUUAUCAGAAAUAUCGAGUAUAAUAAUAUUG